CGCAGAUUUUCAGUUUCCGGCGACUGCGGAGGGCAAUGGCGAUGGAUGGCAGCAACCCUGAGGACUUGGGCGUGGGGUGCUUGCUGUCGAUCAAGACCACUUUUGGCGAUGAAUUCGAAGCUCAAGUCAUCACAUUUGAUCGCCUUUCUAACAUCCUCGUUCUUCAGGAGCCCUCCAAACCAGCUGCUCCUCGUCGCAAUAUCAGGAUGCUGAAGGCUAAUUAUAUCAAAGAGUUCACCUUUUUGGGUCAGGAAGAUGACCCCCUUGAUCCCAACCAUUGUUUCGUUGACCUCACCGCUCUUCGAGCCCGGGAAGAAGCCGCCAUCAGACAAGCGGAAGCAGAUGCUGAGAGAAUUGGGGUUGGUGUCACCAGCGACGCUCAGAGCAUUUUUGAUGCCUUGGCCAAAACACUUCCUGUCCGUUGGGACAAGACUGUCAUAGUUGUGAUGAAUGAGGUGCGCAUCAGCAGCCCGUAUCUCCCUGAAUCUGUUAUUGGAGGUACUCCUGCUGCAAAUGAACGAGUGAAGAAAGUGGUUGAGCUUGAGAGGAAGAGGUUGCAACUGCGCAGUACCAGUGGUCAGUAAGGUCCAACAUUUGCAUCUUUUUCCUGUCAGAAAGCUCGUCGUGAUCGGAGGAAACAUGAUGGGUUGUGUUGCUUUUAGCGAAGCCCUGAAUAAGAGGAUUCUCCAAGGCAUUCUUCUGACUACUGAUAUCUUUUGAUUGUGCCUUCUUGAGCUCUCGAGUUGCUGUACGUUGCUGAUGGAGUUCAUUUGGGGUAUUUCCUCUAGUUUCUUCAUAAGAACAAAUGCUAGAGUCGAAUUUGUGAUGUGUUUGAAGUAAAGAGGCUAAGAACCCAGAUGAGGGAUUGGGUUUUGUCAUGUUAUUCGCAGGUUUAUCAUGGCGAAGGUUAAAGGAUUACAAUGAGUUUCGUGAGAGCUCCAGAUUUAGUUAUCUUCCUUAGGCACUAAGCAGAUGUACUCUUCAUGAAGUUGGCUACUAGUUGGUUGUUGAUUAACCGCUUUA